AUAUGCGCUCACUGCAAAUCAGCAGAAGUACAGCUGCCCGCGUACGUUUGAAAACAUUUUACUAGUGUUGAAAAUAAUAUGGCUGGGAAAAUUAAAGUUCCGGACGAUUGUAGCUAUAGAACAUACUCUGUUUGCGAGAGUGCCGCUGACAGCAGCAACAGAGUGGAGGAAGAUGGCGAAAUCGACGGUCCAGCAGUGUUUAUGUGCGGCAAAUGCAAGCUGCCCAUCGGCGACAGUUUGUCCUGGGCAGGCAGUGAUGACGAGCAGAACCAAAUCAUGCUCAAACGUAUCACUGACAAUAUUGUCAUAGGGAAAGAGCCCUUUGUUUCUGGUACCCAAAAGGAGCUUGGAUGCCUCGUUGUUAAUCUCACCUGCCAUGGGUGUGGUGCAGAAUUAGGAAUCAUGUACAUAUCAACCCCCAAAAAGCUUGAUUUCAAGAGAUCCCUUUUCUGCUUUAACGUUGAAAAUAUUGAAAGCUAUGUAGUGGGCAGUCCAGGCCAGCAGAUGCCAGAAUUAGACAGACAAGACAGACCAGUGACCCUGGAGUACCAGAACACUGUGGAGCAGCAGAUGACAGAGAUAAAAUCCCUAGCUGUGAUAAUAGGACAACGCCUACUGGAGAUUGAAACUAACCUCCAGUGCAGUUCUGAAAAAUGAUGUGGGCUGUUGUUUUAUGACUGAGGAUAAUAAUCCCUCAUGUCUGUCAUGAAUGAGGUUUUUGGACUCUUUAGUGUAAGAUAAUUUUGUCUGACUGUUAUGCAUUUACUAUACAGUUGUUUGCAAGUGACACACACAUCUGUAGUGUCCUUCCUUUUAUUAAUGUCACAAAACACAUUAUAAAUGAUGUCCUUGGAUAUAGAUACAUGCAUAUAUUAGAUAUAACAACAACAUUUUAUUGUUCUUUAAAUUUUGCUGUAGGCUACUGGAUGUUAGAGAAAAACUAUUAAUGGAAAGCAUGUGUUUGUCACCAUCUUAUAUUUUGUCAGAAGUGAUCCUUGUGUUGUUGUCAUGUGAUGCACAGGGUGAGACUGCACCAUAAAUACAAUGUUAAAGCAUCACACGUGGUGUUGUUUUUCCCUCCACUUGUUUGUUUUUGAUAUUUCAUCUUUUGCAUCAAAACAUCCCUGCUCCAACCCUCUGGAAAACUGGUUCAAUAA